AUGCAGAGUGUGCCGGUGCUGCGCACAUUUGGCAACCAUCACGCUACCAACAACAACAGCAACAACAGCAGCAGCAGCGGCAGCACAACUAACAGCUCUAACCACAGCAGCGCCGGCAGCAACUCCAAUACAGCAGCAGCAGCAGCAGCAGCAACGGCAGCAACAUCUUUGCCAUCGACAUUGUUGGCUGCGCGCGCAAACACCCCACCGCUGCCGCCAUUACCGACCUCUUUUGUGGCAAUCAAGUGCGGCGGCCGCAACAACGAACCCACCACCAACAACAACAACACCAAUCUAAACAACCACACUGGUCACCAUAAAUUCAAUCACACAGACAGACCUGCACCUCUGCCACAUCCACUCACACUUGAACCGCCCGCCUCGUUGGGCUACAUUGCACACCACGGCCACCAUCAUUCCGCUCUUCUGCCAUCGUCCGCAUCGCCAUCGCCGUCGCUAACAACAUUCCAGCCAGCGCCGCCGACGCCGUUGGCGCUACAACCGCAUCACUUCAACUCGCUGGACUAUCGCGAACGCAAUCAAACUCACUACAAGCACGGCCAUGGCCAUCAGCAGCCGCCGCGCGAGCAGCAAACCACCAACCAGCGCACCAACACACUGGAUCGACGUAGCGCUGGUGCUGCCACCUCCUGCAUGGGCGAUUACAAUCAAAUUAGUCCGCACUACUUACAGACGUUCGAUAGCCUCGACCCGUAUGGCGUGGCCAAUUUGCAUUUGUACCGCAGCCAAUCGAAGUCACAAAUCUAUGGGCGCGGCAGCGCCAGCGGUAGUGGCAGCGGCAGCAAUGAUGGCUCUACGCACGAUGCUGUACUCUAUCACAGCAACAGCACUUUAAAUCACUAUCAACAGCAACAACAGCAGCAGCAGCUGGGCAACGAACAGCAACACUACCAAAGCAGCGGUCAGCGUCACGCUCUAAAUCAGCCGCCGCCGCCGCAGCAUCAUCAUCACAGUUUGAAGCAUAAUAAAAGCGGUAACAGCAAAACGCACAAGAUGAAAGGUAGUGCACACCAGCAGCAACAACAACAUUUGAGCCAACAACACAAACCAACAAAAUCGCGCAGCAAUCGCUCAUUGCAACAGCAACAGCCGCAGCAACAGUAUCAGCAACCGCCAACAGCCGAAAAGGUGGGUAAGAGUGGUCGCAGUGGCGUUAAAGAACGCAAGCAUAAUAGCAGUUGCGCCAACAGCGCCAACAAUAGCGCAACAAUGCAGAUUAGCAAUAUAAGCAAAGCGAAUUCGAUGACCAGCCAGUAUUCGAGCUCGAGUGAGAGCAUGCAAUGCGAUAAUAACUAUUAUUAGAGCCAAGAGCCAUGAGGCAAGCCAACGGCUCCUCAACGUUUCGAUUCAGCAAUGUCCUAAGAGCACACACCUGCCACCCAUAAGCGUUUUGUUGUUGUUUUACGCCUUAAUGUAAACCGUGUGCGUAUUUGUGUAUUGCACCAAAGUGUCGAUAGCGAUGCAGCGUAUUUACAGCCAUAAACACAAACAUACACUUACAUACAUAGAUGUUGCACACGCACACACAUACAUAUGUACCAAUGAAUAUUUAUUUGCACAUACAUAUGUACUUACAACAACGUCACCACCCACAAAUGCAAAAGUGCGCUUCAUGCGGCACAACAUUAUGGUUUAGUAAUAAAUGUAAGUGCCUCUUCUUAUGUAUGUAUAUCUAUUAUUUUUCUGUUUCUAUGUCCAUUUAACACACUACCAAUUGCUAUUGUGUUGCCUAAAUGUUUAUAAAGUAUAUAAGUUUUUUGAAAUUCAAUUAGAAUUUUUAAUGAGUAUUUUUUUUUUAUUAAAUCCAAGCUUACCUUCCAAACGGACGGUUAGUAAUAAAUAAGCUGUAAAUAUCGAAAAGAGGAUGUAGCGUUUACGCGGGAAAUUUUUGGUUUGGAUUCCUAUCGGAAAAUUUUAAAUUCGACAUUUAACCAAAGUUGGAAACUUAUAACUUGUAGAUGAGAUUUUUUUAUACUCGUGAUAAGAUAAGAUAGUUAGGUAGAAGUGCCCGUUGUGACACCACGACUAAGAGUUACACUCCCCCUUGCUUAAUCAUUUUGAAUCCUUAACGAAACUCGUCAGGUAUCUAGGGUUUAAACGUCCCAAUUUGUCAAGGUCACUAAAGAAAGGAAACCCCAGAAAGCGCAGCUUCUCGUUAAUGCAGGGCAGUUACAGUGAACGUGAGACAGUUCUCCACUCCUCGUAGCUUUUGCAACUUCUGCAGCAUCUAUGGUAAGGCACUUCGAGCCGUUCUGCGUAUUUAACUAUAAGGCAUUGACCUGUUAGAGCACCAAUGUGCCAAGUUUGCCUAGAAAUUCUCUUUCAACUUGGAAGUGGCAAAGCGCAUACCAAUGCGUUCUUUGAACGGAAGAAUCGACUUGGUCAUACCUUCCUCGCUAGUUCGUCCGCCAUACAGUUACCGUCUAUGUUCCUAUUACCGGGAAUUCAAAUGCGGUUUAGACUGCUCUGCUUAGCGGUCUCUUGCCGAAGUCAAUUUUUUAUUUAAUUGUAACGGAACUCACAGCUUUAAUUGCUGCCAGUUUAUAGCCUCCAUUAUAGCUGAGACCUCAGCUUGGAAGACACUACAGUAGUCCGGUAGUCGAAAUGAAUUGCCCAGCGAAGGGUUGCGGGAGAAGAACCCCCUACCGGGUGGAGUAUAGUAGUUUUCUGCCCAUUCCUCCCUGCGUGGGCUUUUAAUGACGAAGUUUCUAUCCGGAACCAGAGUUCAAUACAACGGUCUGUAUAGCCCGGGAGAAAUCUAUAUUUUUCCAGAAUGUAGGAGUGACCCAGGAAUCCCGAUUCCCAUUGCCCUAUCUCUCUUAGCCGAAGUACAGCAAGAGAUGCCAUAUGCCGACCCACUAAAUAUAGUGGCAUAAGAUCCAAAAAGACAUUUAAACCAGCCGUGCUCAGCGCAGGGCACUUGCCUAUAGAAUUCUGCCAGGCAGGGCACUUGCUUAUGGAGUUCUGCCAGCGUUGGGCGUACCUGAUUUAAAGCAUAAUUUGGCGUUGUCCGGAUUGCCCAACUAAUGCAGAUCAUACCAGUCCGCUUUAGUUUUCUGAGUAGAUUAAGACCUGAGGCCUUGCUCAAGGCCGGCCGCCAUACUAUAAUUCCAUAAAGGAGAAUCGGUUUAACCACCGCUGCCUACAUAUACUCCGGCUCAACCCCCAUUUCUUACCAAUUGCCCUCUUGCACGAAUAUAAGGCCACAGACGCCUCCUCAUAACGCUAGACUAUAUACUCCUUCCAGCUCAGUUUUU